UACAUACGAAGGUGCGUGGAUCCCCUUAAUAACACGACCCAUGGAAACGGUUCGCUUUGAUACAAGUGUUCGAUCGCAGUGUCUCGGAAUCAAAGGGUACAACGAAUUUUGGUUGACCGACCAAAGUGAAACGGUAUGGCACUUGUUAUACUAUCUGCCACGGUCCCACGCCGGAACAUUCGUUAUGGGUUGUGCCGUCCAGAGUCCACACACGGGGCCGUCGUCUCCCCCGUACCGGACGACACCCUGUUGUACCAAGUACACGUACUCAUCGUCACCGAUGCCAACCCCCGGGAGCCUUCCACCCCGAUCGGAGAGUGUCUCCGGUUCCGGUCUCUGGUUUUUGGCCUUUUCCUGCUUGGCACUUUGCAUCCAGUACAUGACCCGGCUCUUGAUCAUAUCCAAUGGGUUUUGGUCCGGAUACCGUUUCUCCCACCGCUCGGUUUGUGGAUUCCACUUCCUGGCGGAUUGCUGCCGAUUGCUAGCAUCGUUCAGGUCUCCACCAGUGGACCACAUUGCCUCCCGGGCCUGGUAGUAUUCCUCGUUGAGACGAUCGAGCUCGGUCUGGGUGUACAGCCGCGUGGACAGGACCAGUUCCGUCCCCGCCUCGAUGACGACGUCCCGUUUCCGCAGUUCGCUGGCGAUCGUGUAGGAGGCUUCGAAGACCGUCCCGUCCUCGGACACGCUCCAAUAAUUUCCGGYAAUCGGUGAUUCCCGAGCACCCUCGGGGCCGGUGAAUCCCACUGUUUCGGACCGCGGUGCCACGAAUCGACGCGUGGACGUUGUGGCGCCGCACCCAAAAUCGGUGGGAACCACCAGCGGCAUGCGGACCCCCAGGCGGGCCCAAUCGAAGGGCAUUCGGGCCAGGGGCUCGCGUCCAAUGUCCAUUACGACA